AGCCUCGCGAGACCGGGGCUGUUAAGGUCGAGCCGGCGAUCGCUGGUGGUUGCGGGGUCGCGCGUCAUCUUGGGCGCCGCUCAGUUGGUCAAGCGGGCCGACUUUCCGGUCGGCGUGUGUGUUUCCCACAGGGAGCGAAGGCUCGUCCAAUGUCCGGCAAGCGGAGUGGUGCGAAUGAGGGCCCACUGGAGGUUAAACGGCCUCGCGGGCGUCCUUCUGGCUCUCAAACCAGGCUCUGGGCCGCGGCGAGAGCCGCAGCGGUGGAGGCCACCCCGGGCGGAGCGGCGGCGAUGGGCAUCCUGCUCCCGGGCAAGACACGUAUCUAGAGGAGGCGGAGGGUCAUGCCUUUGGAAGACAAGAUGAAAAUUCCCCAGAAGCUGGAAGGAGACGUGAGUAACACCGACGGGGGGCGCCUUUUUUGGCGUCAGUGAGUCCACUGUGCGCACCAUUAAGAAAAACGAGAGGGCCAUCAGGGCCAACAUGGGGAGUUUCCCCCGUCUGCUCCAGGGUGCUGUGCAUUCCCCGUGAUGUAAACAUAGAGAGGAUGGAGACUGAGUUAACCUGGCUCGAGGACCAGACCGUAGCGGGGCGGCCUCUGACGCUGAAGGCCACCUGCAACCAGGCCAAACGCGUUUACGAGCAACUGAUGGAAGUCAUCGGGAAGGGCAACCCAGAUCAGUUUCAUGCGAGCAAAGGAUGGUUUGAGAAGUUUAGAGAUGGCUGCAGUCUGCGAAAUUCGAGGUUGAUGGAGGAGGAGGAACCCUUAAAUGCCCAGUCGGCACCCAAGUAUCCCGAGCAAUUCCAACUCUGAUCCAGAAACUGAUCAGAGCUAGCGGCUGUGUGCCUCAACAGGUCUUCAACGCCAAGGAGAUGAGCUUGUUUUGGAAGUGCAUGCCUUCUCAUACUUUUAGGGAGUAAGACAAAAAGCCAGAAAGCUUAGAGGAAGCUAAGGACAGGAUUUCCCUCAUUUUUUUGUGCCAGUGCCACAGGUGACAAAAUGAUAAAACCAUUGCUGCUUUAUAAAGACGCUAAUCCCACUUGUCUUUUGGAAAAAGAUAAAAAACGUCUUCCUGUUUUCUGGCAGUCACACCCCAGAGUAUCAUUAACCGCCGCCCUCUUUUCGCAUUGGUUUCAUAAUUGGUUUUCUCCAUCAAGCCUGGAGUUAUUUAACAGAAAAAAAUCUUUUUUUUUUUUUGCUUGAGGAACAUUAGCCCUGAGCUAACAUCUGUGCUGAUCUUUCUCUAUUUUGUUUGUGGGUUGCUGCCACAGCAUGGCUGACAAGUGGUGUAAGUCCGUGCCUGAGAUCCGAACCUGCAAACUGGGGCUGCCGAAACAGAGCACACUGAACUUAAUCACUAUGCCACAGGGCCAUCACCAGAAAACAAUCUUGAAUUCAGAGUGUUGCUAAUUUUGGACAGAGGUCCCAAUCACCCAGACUCAUUAUUAUUUGCUCAUCCUAAAGUUGAUAGUGUGUUCCUCCCUCUGGAACGUACUGGCUGUCUUCAGCCCUUGGAUCAGGGUAUAAUUGAAGCAUUCAGGAGGUAUUACACCAAGCAUAUGGUUGACCAUUUUGUUGACUAUAUUGAAAAAAAACUCUUGCUUUACUGCAAAAGAAGCAUGGCAACAGUACCACACUGCCGAUGCUUUGGUAGUGAUAGAAGAGGUGAUGAGUGAUAUAAAACCGGCUACUCUUAAAGCCUGGUUGAAACUUUGGGAGGGUGUUGUGAAUGAUUAUGCAUGUUUCCUUAGAGCUAAUGAAGAAGUUAAAAAAAUCAUACAGUCUGCAAAACAGAUGGGCUUUAAAUUCAUCAGUAUUGAUGAAAGGGAAAUUAAUGAGCUACUCAAGUUUGAAGCUUUAGUGAUAACUGAGAAAGAGUAUCUAUAGAUGAGGAAGAAGACAAGUCCCUGGAACCAGAGGUAAAGAUGAAUCUAAGGAAACUGUCUGCUGUCUUACGCCAGGCCUCAGACCUCCUUGAUGCUGCAAUUGAUAUGGAUCCUUUCCUGGAUCCAAGUUUGACCUUUUAAAAAGAUUUCAAUAAAUUGUCGUAUACCCAUAAAGAGAUUCAAAAGAACGUUCAAAAUAAAGCAAAUGAGUUUAAGAAAGAGAAGGAAAAUACACACAAAGAGGAAGUAGUGUGGGUGAAGGAGAUGGGUACAGAAUGAGUCUGAAGGAGAGUCUGAGUCUGAUUCUGAAUCCUAUAAGGAGGGGGAGAAGGUAGAGAGAGAGAAAAAGGAUAAGAAGCCUUCAGAAGAAGAGCGUGGACACUCAGGCAGUGGCACUAAGAAUCUUACUAUAUCUGAAGAAUCUGCCAAAGCCAUAAAUGCAGAAUUGGACUUUUGGAAUCUAACCUUGGAAUUGAAUCUGGAGAGAGUAAGGUGCCUGAGUUGAAGGAAGAAAAGAAUCCAGAGGCAGUUUCUUCCAAAUAACAGUUCAUCUCUUGCUGAACUUCCCUUGUUGCCCUAACAUCACCUUCAUCGUGAUCAUCCUUAUAAUCAUCAGCCACACAUCUGUAUCAUUUAGUCAUUCAACAAACAUUUAUUGAGCAUAAACUAUAUGGGGUGUGCUAAACUUGGGGACAUCAUCUCAGGAAAUCGUCUCAGGAUCUAAGCCUUCCUGAUUGGGGCGUGGCUGGGCAGUGGGGCCGGCAGCAGGUGGUGAGAGGAGCGGGCAGUUUAGGCCCUCAGUGCCCGCCCACCAGCCGGCAACUCAGCCUGAGGCCGCCCUUCCCUAGGGCUGUGCCGCUCGAUUACCAGCGACGCCAUGGACAAGCUGGGCUCGAGGUGCCCUCUGCCAGGCCUCCUGCGGCCCUCGGUCCUUAUAUGCCUCCUGAUCCUGACAGCUUCUUUCCUGACAUACCCUAUGCUCAGGACCCUUAGCCUGCAGCUCCAUUCAACUGUCACCGGCAGCUAUGUCUCCGGCACUUACUCCAUCGUCUUUGUCAACUGUCCCAAUGAGCAAAUUGCCAGAGAUAUUGCCAGGGCUAUACUGGAUAAGAAGCUGGCUGCUUCUGUGAACAUCCUGCCCAAGGCAUCCUCACUAUACUUUUGGAAUGGAGAAAUAGAAGAAGCCACUGAGAUCCUGUUGUUAAUAAAGACAAAGACUUCCAAGGUACACGUGCUGUCCAGCUACAUCAGGUUGGUGCAUCCUUUUGAAAUCCCAGAGGUCUUCAGUCUUCCCAUGGACCAAGGAGAUGUGCACUAUUUAAAGUGGCUGGAGGAGGGCAUGGAGGAGGACUGAGUGGGGGAGGCUUUUUGUGCAUCCUGCUGGCUGCCUCUAGCCUUCAUCAUCUGCACUCUGGGGAAGGGGAGGCCUCUUUCUGCCUCCUAGCAUCUCUGGAUUCCAUGUUUUUGUCAGCACAGAGGAGCUAAGUAACUUGUGGAGGCUGACAGUCCGAGGCUCCUGAGGCUGGAAGAGGAGGCUGGGCCAGUUGGGCCAAGCGAGAACCCAGUGGAACUUUUCUCUGAGUACUUCAUGCUUAAAGGUGGCCAGAGCGAGGAUGGCUGUGUAUAGGGGUCCAGGGGAAGUGGCAGUGAGGGUGAGGUUUGUCAUCUUCUCCUGCAGUCACUGGGCCUACCUCGAGUGCCUAGGAUGUAAUUACUCUCCUCAUGAGGAGGAAUGGACCUGAUGACUUCUUCACCCAGAAGCGUGUGGGAUGAAUGCCACCUUUUGGGGAACUGGCAAGCGCUUUAUGCAGAAGGAUGAAUUCCUAAUAGUGGAAUUUCAGGGACAAGCAGGAUUAUUUCUCCAGGCUAAAGAUGGUGUUUGUUAUUCCUGAGUCCUGAGGAGGGGGGGACUGGGAAUGGGCUUCAAGAGUGUGUGUAGGACAAGGGGAAUAUUAGGGCUUAGACACAGCCUCAUGGGUUAGGAGUAGGUCUUGACUCUUCCUAGCCUGAAUGUGACGGACGUGAGAAAGUUCUGGUGCCUUGCUCAGUGGAAACAGGUUCUGAGCCCACCAUACUAACCUUUUCAUUUGAGCGUUGAAACUGAACAUCCUAAAGUAGGAAAGAACUCUGGGGAACUGCUGGACUGGUGUUUUUCAGAGUUACUCCACAGAGCCCCAGGGGUUGACAAAAGGUACUCCGGGGGCUGCCUGGGUGUGGGGGUAAGGAUAUGAGGUCCCCCACCGAUAAUGCAACCAGUGCAACUGUGCUUUUAUGAUGUUUAUGUAUUGAGCUCCCUUGUAAGAUUUGGAUUUUUUAAAAAAGUUUUCUGUUAAAAGUUUAUAAACCAGUAGUCAAAGCCAGUCUCCAUUUUAUAGAUUACUAAACGAAACUGAACUGCACUGAGGUCCAGAAAGGGGGUGGCAUGUUGAGUUAUGAAUGGUACAGCCAAGGCUGCUCACCCUGUGUCUGGUGUCCACCUUUACCUGCUCCACGUGUCUCAGGUGCAAGAGGGCAGAGAAGGCAGAGCCCUGUGGGGUGAGAAGAGAGCCCUCUCUGUGCCUUUGUCACAAGGUAACUCCACUCUGGGGAGACCAUGGGCAGUUUGGGUAGGACCCACAGAUUUCUGUGCUAUCCUGGGCCUUUCUUCCCAGACAGAAGGCUGUGGGAGGGGUACUGCCAGGCUCUAGCUCUGACAUCUGCUGUGCUUCUUGGACCUUAGUUCCUCCAAAUAUGAAAUGUGGGAGGAUCUCCAAGGGCCUUUCUAUGAAGACCUUCUAGGGACUUUAGGCUGAGGCCCUUCCUAAGGUCCAGGGGAUCCUAUUUUGAUAGGCAGUGGGGAUUUUGGAGGGCUGCCUCAGGAGAACAACAAAGAAAAUGAUAAUGGUGAUGUCCCUUUUUACAACGGAUGUUUCUGAUACAUAUAAAAAUCUUGUGUAAACUAAACCCUACUGAAAAUGUUCUGGGGACCCCAAAUGGACUUGCCCAUUAUUGCUUUCAGGAUAAAGUCCAAUUUCUUGGUCUGGCUUUUUUUUUUGGUUUAUAACAUCGUGUGAUUUCAGGUGUACGUUGUUAUAUGUUAGUUUCUAUAUAGACUACAUUGUGCUCACCACCAGUAGUCUAGUUUUUAUCCAUCUUGGUCUGGCUUUCAAGGCCUUUCAUAAGCUUGCCUCAACUUACUUUUUCUGGCAUCAUCUUCACGUCUCCUCUCCAACUCUGGCAAGUGGAUAGCUCCAAUAUGCUGUGUGAUGUUACUCCUGUGUUCAGGCCAUCCCCUCUGCCUGGACUGCCCUUCUGCAUGAAUGUCUGUGAAAUCUGGCUGUGCCUUUGCAAGGCCUGGCUCCCUCGGUUGGAAGGAAUCUCUCCUGCCUUGGUGUCCUUGUUAUCCUUGUGCAACACAGUUAGCCUCCAAAAAUAUUUCUGUAUUGUGAGCUGCUCGAGGACAGGGGCAUGUCUGAAUCUAUGUGAUCUCUUGCACAGGGUUUGGCAAAUAUUUCCCGAAUUGAUGUUUCAAGGAUUUGAAUAGCUAAAGCUUUCUCUACAGUCCCUAGUUACUUUGUAACUUAUGGAAUUGGCAGCCUCCAACAUUUUUUCCUGGAACUUUCUUAAAGUGGGACUAAUUCCAAAGGAGAUUUUUCUUUCUAUGUAUGGCCUUCAUUGGAUCAUUUUCUAUGCUGACUGUGCAUUGAAAACUGUUUCUUGGUGGCCUUCCUUUGCCUCAGUGUCAGUUGACUAUAGGAAUGGGAGAGGAGAGGGACAAAACACCAGCUGUCUCUGCUAGGUACUAUCUUAGGUUCUUAAUUAUUUUAUCUUAUAACUCAGUGUUCUCAUUUUGCAGAUGAAACCUGAGAACAGAGAGCAUAAGACACUUAAAAUAAGUGGCAGAGCUAGGCUCUGAACCCAAAUUUGAUUCUAAACCUGAUGCUCUUACUGCCUCUUUCAGAGAGAUUGGAUAUGUCACUUUGUAGGCCAAAGACCCGGAGAGCCUGCUGUAGCCAACUCUAAAGGAAGAGGUAUUCGUUCUUAAAACAUCUAUGUGCUAAGUUGGUCUGGCACUUAAAAAUAUAUUGCUUUGGUUACUUUUCCCCACAGAUCUGGAGGUUGGUGAUAGUAUCUUCAUUCUACAGAUGAGGGGAUAUAUUUAGAGGAGUUCAAUGAUUUUUAGGCUCUGCUUAACUCCAACUGACAUGGUUUGGCCACUAGACCUCACUGUCCUCCCAGAAUGAUGCUGUGGGAGCUGGGGCUAGGACCUACACCAGUGUUUCCAUGUGGGAAUUCCUUCCCAGCAUGACACAGGAAGUAUGUUUUUUGUAUCUAGAAUCCCCAGAAAAAUCAGUUGAGGAAAUGAGAAAAGGCAUUAUAAUUAUUCAUGAAUGCUAGAGCUUAAAAGCAUAGAGACAUUACUGGUUUGAAGGGAUCCACCUUCAUCAAGUAAAAAACAAGAGCAAGAAACACUAACAUGUGGAGUUGAAGCUUAAGAGAACCAGGACAGGAGCACGCAGGAGAGAAAUGGGUACUAUCUCAGUCUUGCUUGUGAUUGCUGCCAUGUGAUAGGUGUGUGUGUGUCGGUAGCCCUGUCUGCUGCAAACCGUGAGUGAUUCUUGCAAAUAAAGUAAGUUUAUACACAUGAUAUACUUUAUACAAAUCCUUUGAGUGGUAUUCCAAGAAAUAAUCUCUGGAAGCAAAAUAAAUUCUUAAUUUGGCAAUUUUGACAUGUGACUCUGUGUAUUGUUAACGUUGCUAGGAUAUUUGAAUGUUAUCUAAAUAUAUCUGAAUACUACCCAGUAAUGUUCCUUGGCGUUUUCUAGUGUUCAAAUAUCCCCUGUAGGCUACAGUUCUUUGUAAAUACUACUAAGCUUAAUAUUCCUAUUUGUUAAGCAAAAAUUUUUCAGAUAUCUAUCAUAAUGAGGAAAGCAUAUGAAGAACAUUUGAAGUAUUUUAAGAGUAACUUAUGAUUUAGGGAAUUUCUGAAAAUUCUAAUUUCUUGCUCCUAAAUUCCAAAGAUAAAUAUUUGUUGUAAGUUUGUAAACACUAACCUAGACUACAAAGAACCAGGCACUCUCCAGCCUGGGGAGGACCCCUGCUCACUGCAGAACUUGGGCUAGACCCCAGGUCUCUUGACACCUGUGCCAUUCACUUUUCAUUCCAGUCCAUUGGUUUCAGCCCAGAGAAGACCGUCCCAUCCCCCUUCCCCACCACUACCAUUUGUGGUUUUGUUCCAAGGGCAGUUAUAAGGUUGAAGUGGAAAAAAGUAGGAGCCAUAGUUAAGAUUUUUAAGGGCAGGCAUUAACACUCGGGGAUUAACAGGCUACAUUUUCCCCCUGAAACUACAUAAUUCAGUUGUACCCAUGGCCUUCACCUCACUACAGCUGACUUUCUCCUAUCCCUUCACAUCUCAUAUUCUCCUCUUUCCAAACUGCCCCAAGUUUAGAGAAGUUUACUGAGAGUAAUAAUCCAUCACGUUUACAUGUGAAGGGUUCCCUCUCAACACCUGGUGAUUCUCUGGCAUCUGAAGGGUGAGGAAACUGAAGCAAAGGAACCUGACCAGGUGGCACAGGUUGUAACUAUCAGAGCCAGGCCUAGAACCCAUUUCAGAUUUCUAGAAUGGUGUGCUUGUGUGUACUGGGUAAAGUUUUAUAGUGCCUGUACUUAAAUAUGUUAAUAGGGUCAAUUUCUAAGUUCAUUCCCCACUUUUUACUUCUCCGUGGUCCUCAGCUAAUGUUUUUUGCCCCCAUGGGUCACGUACUCGCAGUAGAAAAAAGGUUCCACGUCAACUGGGCCGCAGGGGUGAGACUAUCGCUGAGAGAAUGUGGUAGGCAGCGGCAGGAGUGGCACGUAGCCUGAGAGGGUGGGGUCCUGCCAUUCCUCCUCAGCCUCCAGGGAAGCAAGACCAGAACCAGAAAG